AGCAAAGUAUUGAAUCUCUCUCUCUCUCUCUCUUUUUUUUCUCUUUCUCUUUCAUUAUUGUUCUUUCUUUUUUUUUCUUCCUUGUUUUUUCAUCCAAUUUCAUUAGUAGUUUUGAUCGACAUAUAAUUUUCAAGGGGUUCUGAUUCAAAGUUCGCAUCGAUGAGCGAAGUGAAGCAUAGCGUUUCGUGCGACGGCUUCGUCGCCGUCGACGUCGACGAGCUCGCUCAACAACUCGUAGUCAACUCGAACGAUUCCAGCUCUGGCAGCCCUCGACUCGGCCCCGCGGUUAAGAAGAUCCUUACGAGAAAAGGCUGCAUAGGCGGCGUAGGAGGAGGAGAGCAGCAGCAGCAUCAAGGGCCCGGUGAGAGGUCGCCGCUAUCUGUUCACGUAGCGGCGGAGGAGGCGGCGACACCGGAUGGAGGGCGGUGGAACCACCGAGUCGGGACUCGGCGGCCCGCUUCGCCGUGGCUCAACCCCAACCGAGUGGUGAUCGUCUUCGCCGCCCUAUCAAGCAUGGGGACCUUAAUCCUCUUAUACUUUACACUCUCCAUGGUGAAACUUGAGCAGUGACCAUGAAAAUACCUGCUGAAACCACACGCUGUUUUACUUUUUUUUCUUAAAAUAAUAAUAAUAAUAAUAAUAAUAAUUUACAAAAGAAACAGAUGCUGAAUGAAAUUCAAGAGAUGAGCCGAUACAUCAGAGAAAGAGAAUUGUAAGGCUGGCUGAAAGGAAGAGGUCCAAAGCUGCAUCAGUGUGUUAUGUUUGUUUCUUUGUUUGUUUUGUACAAGGUGAGGUUGUGCAAAUAGAAAUAAAUUUGUCAAAUACAUUUAGGGUUUGUUUGUUUUGAGAAAAAAA